GAUGACCUGCGUCUUCAUGAAAAGCUUAGCCAGCGCCGUGUAACACUUUUGCUGGCUACUUCAUACAAUCAGCACGCCUCAUCUCAAGGAUCAUAAUGCGAGAAAUCGUCCACAUUCAAGCUGGCCAAUGCGGCAACCAAAUUGGAACCAAGUUCUGGGAGGUGAUCAGUGAUGAGCAUGGCAUUGACCCAGCUGGGAACUACAUGGGAGAUUCAGACUUACAGCUGGAGAGAAUUAACGUCUAUUAUAAUGAGGCAUUCACCAACAAGUAUGUUCCAAGAGCCAUCAUGGUGGAUUUGGAGCCAGGUACCAUGGACAGUGUCCGCUCUGGACCCUUUGGGCAACUUUUCAGACCAGAUAACUUCAUUUUUGGUCAGAGUGGGGCAGGAAACAACUGGGCCAAAGGCCACUACACAGAGGGCGCAGAGCUGGUGGAUGCGGUGCUGGACAUUGUGAGGAAGGAGAGUGAGAACUGUGACUGCCUGCAGGGCUUCCAGCUCACCCACUCUCUGGGCGGAGGAACAGGCUCGGGCCUGGGCACGCUGCUGAUCAGUAAGGUCCGGGAGGAGUACCCCGACCGCAUCAUGAACACUUUCAGUGUGGUGCCUUCGCCCAAAGUGUCUGAUACCGUAGUGGAGCCCUACAACGCUACGCUCUCCAUCCACCAGCUGGUGGAGAACACGGACGAGACGUACUGCAUCGACAACGAGGCGCUGUAUGAUAUCUGCUUCCGUACGCUCAAACUGCCCACGCCUACUUAUGGCGACCUCAACCACCUCGUCUCCUCCACCAUGAGCGGGGUGACCACCUCUCUCCGCUUCCCCGGCCAGCUCAACGCCGACCUUCGUAAACUGGCGGUCAACAUGGUGCCCUUCCCUCGUCUGCACUUCUUCAUGCCAGGCUUUGCCCCUCUGACAGCUAGGGGGAGCCAGCAGUACCACGCUCUCACUGUGCCCGAGCUCACCCAGCAGAUGUUUGAUGCCAAGAACAUGAUGGCAGCCUGCGACCCACGGCACGGCCGUUACCUCACCGUGGCAACCGUGUUCCGCGGUCGCAUGUCCACCAAGGAGGUGGACGAGCAGAUGUUGGCUGUCCAGAGCAAGAACAGCAGCUACUUUGUGGAAUGGAUCCCGAACAAUGUGAAAGUGGCUGUGUGCGACAUCCCGCCGAGAGGCCUCAAGAUGUCCUCCACGUUCAUCGGCAACAGCACGGCCAUCCAGGAGCUUUUCAGACGCAUCUCCGAGCAGUUCACCGCCAUGUUCCGCCGCAAAGCCUUCCUGCACUGGUACACGGGCGAGGGCAUGGACGAGAUGGAGUUCAGCGAGGCCGAGAGCAACAUGAACGACCUGGUGUCCGAGUACCAGCAGUACCAGGACGCCACCAUAGACGAGGAGGGCGAGAUGUACGAAGAUGACGAGGACGACUCAGAGACACAGGGUUAGGAGUCGCGCUUCCAGCUGUGCCGGACAGUCAAAAGAAAACCACUGUGUCUUUUAGGACCAAAAAUAUACCUCCCUGCCUUAGCCCCUCUGUAUAUCUCACUCCCGCUUCAUACUGUUUGUUAAGCUCUUCUUGAUAAACUUAAGUGACAGCUCCACCAGUAAUAACUGACUGUAUUGCAACAACUCAUGCUGACAUGUUGAAAGUACUGACAAAAUGAAAUAAAAUAAAC